AUGGAAGAGUGGGAUAUGCUGGAUUCUUCCCAGAAGAGUCUCUACAAAGAUGUGAUGUUGGAGAUGUAUCUGAAUCUCACUGCUAUAGGCUACAAUUGGGAAGACCAUCAUAUUGAAGAACAUUGUGAAAAUUCUAGAAGACAUGAAAGGCAUGUAAGAAGUCAUAUUGGAGAGAAACCAUAUGAAUGUAAUCAAUGUGGUAAAGUCUUAGCAAAUCUCAGGAAUCUACAAAGACAUAAAAUGUUACAUACUGGAGAGAAACCUUAUGAAUGUCCUCACUGUAGUAAAGCCUUUGCAAGACUGAGUUAUCUCCAAUAUCAUAAAAGAACACAUACUAGAGAGAAACCUUACGAAUGUAAUCAAUGUGGUAAAACCUUUACACAGCAGAGUGCUUUCCAAUAUCAUAAAAGGAAACAUACUGGAGAGAAUCCUUACGAAUGCAAUCAAUGUGGUAAAUCCUUUGCAAUACCCAGGGAUCUCCAAAGACAUAAAAGAACACAUACUGGAGAGAAACCUUAUGAAUGCAAUCAAUGUGAUAGAACCUUUGCAACAACCAGUCAUCUCCAAUAUCAUAAAAGAACACAUACUGGAGAGAAGCCUUAUGCAUGUAAUCAAUGUGGUAAAGCCUUUUCAGGUCACAGUACUCUCCAAACACAUAAAAGAACACAUACUGGAGAGAAACCUUAUGAAUGUAAUCAAUGUGGUAAAGCCUUUGCACAGCGCAGUACUCUCCAAAGACAUAAAAGAACACAUACUGGAGAGAAACCUUAUGAAUGUAAUCAGUGUGGUAAAGCCUUUUCACAUCAGAGUAUUCUCCAAAGACAUAAAAGAACACAUACUGGAGAGAAACCUUAUAAAUGUACUCAAUGUGGUAAAGCCUUUGCACAGCACAGUACUUUCCAAUAUCAUAAAAGGAAACAUACUGGAGAGAAUCCUUACGAAUGCAAUCAAUGUGGUAAAUCCUUUGCAAUACCCAGUGAUCUCCAAAGACAUAAAAGAACACAUACUGGAGAGAAACCUUAUGAAUGCAAUCAAUGUGAUAGAACCUUUGCAACAACCAGUCAUCUCCAAUAUCAUAAAAGAACACAUACUGGAGAGAAGCCUUAUGCAUGUAAUCAAUGUGGUAAAGCCUUUUCAGGUCACAGUACUCUCCAAACACAUAAAAGAACACAUACUGGAGAGAAACCUUAUGAAUGUAAUCAAUGUGGUAAAGCCUUUGCACAGCGCAGUACUCUCCAAAGACAUAAAAGAACACAUACUGGAGAGAAACCUUAUGAAUGUAAUCAGUGUGGUAAAGCCUUUUCACAUCAGAGUAUUCUCCAAAGACAUAAAAGAACACAUACUGGAGAGAAACCUUAUAAAUGUAGUCAAUGUGGUAAAGCCUUUGCAACAUGCAGUCAUCUCCAAAGACAUGAAAGAACACAUACUGGAGUGAAACCCUAUGAGUGUAAUAUAUGUGGUAAAGCCUUUACAAGAUCAAGUCAUCACCAGUAUCAUAAAACAGCACAUACUGGAGAGAAACCUGAUGAAUGUAAUCAAUGUGGUAAAGCCUUUGCACAGUGCAGUCAUCUCCAAUAUCAUAAAAGAACACAUACUGGAGAGAAACCUUAUGAAUGUAAUCAAUGUGGUAAAACCUUUGCAUGGCACAGUAAUCUACAAACACAUAAAAGAACACAUACUGGAGAGAAACCUUAUGAGUGCCAUCAAUGUGGUAAAGCCUUUUCACAGCGCAGUCAUCUCCAAUAUCAUAAAAGAACACAUACUGGAGAAAAACCUUAUGAAUGUAAUCAAUGUGGUAAAGCCUUUGCCUAUCACAGUCAUCUCCAAAAUCAUAAAAGAACACAUACUGGAGAGAAACCAUAUGAAUGUAAACAAUGUGGUAAAACCUUUGCACAGCGCAGUCAUCUCCAAUAUCAUAAAAGAACCCAUACCGGAGAGAAACCUUAUGAAUGUAAACAAUGUGGUAAAGCCUUUGCAAGAUCCAGUCAUCUCAAGUAUCAUAAAAGAACACAUACUGGAGAGAAACCUUAUGAGUGCCGUCUAUGUGGUAAAGCCUUUGCACAGUGCAGUACUCUCCAAAGACAUAAAAGAACACAUACAGGAGAGAAACCUUAUAAAUGUAAUCAAUGUAGUAAAGCCUUUACAAGACCCAGUCAUCUCCAGUAUCAUAAAAGAACACACACCGGACAGAAAACGUAUUAA